GCGAACUUAGGUGACAGUUCAUCUUGCGCUCAUCGCUGGCAGUCAGCGAGUCUCUUGGGAAAGUUUCUCUCUACAGACACGUGGCCGCAGGACUUCACAAGAACCUUGACAUAGAUAACUUUACUAUGACAAUGCUCGCACUAAGGUCAAGCAGUGUUCGACUUGCAAGGAUUCGCGCCAGAAUUGCAGUUAUUGGGACUGGCGUUGACUCUUAAUAUAGCAUUAGAGAACAGGUAUCCGCAAAUGAGCGUUCGCCAUGAAGACAGCUUUUCAUUCAGCGGUGGUGCUGCUGGUCUUCCUCAUCAGCAUUCUGUGCACCUACGCGCUGUCCGGCGGGCUCCGCCUCAGAAUACCGCGGACACGCCUGGCUGUGAGCAUUACGUCUGCUUGGGUCCCCUGGCUGGCGACUGGACUGUUGCUCCUGCUGCAAGCCAUCACGUUUAGGGACAUCGGCGUGGCGUUGUCAGGCGAUGGCAACCUGCGGCCGUGGAAGGUGGUGCUGCAGAUGCUGGCGGUCAGCUACAUCUCCCUCACCUGCGAGCUGUCCGGCCUGUACGGCUGGCUGGUGCUUCAGGCCGCCCGCUGCCCGGCUGUAGCAGCCCGGCCGCCGCUACUGCUGGCGGCGCUGGCCGCCCUCUCCGCCGCCCUCUCCGCCGCCACCUCCCCCGACACGGCGCUCAUCUGCCUCACGCCCGUCUACGUCUACGUGGCAGCUGCUACAGCCGCCCUGGAUCCGAUGGUGCUCGCCGCGGCUCACCUGGGCGCGGCGGCGGCGGCGGGGCUGCUACUGCCGGCGGGCAAUGUCGUGAACCUGGUGGUGGCGGCGGGCUUUGACCUGAGCUUUGCGCGGUUCGCGGGCUGGAUGGCGCUGCCUACCCUGGCCGCGCUGCUGGUGCUGGCGGGCGCGCUGUACCUGCUACUGCGGCUGCAGCGCCGCGGCCCCCCUGCUACUGCCGCCUGGCGCCAGCCCUGGACCGGCGGCAGCAGCGGCAUGGGCUCGGGCCUGGGGGGCUACGGCAGUAGCAGCUACGGCAGUAGCAGCUACGGCAGUAGCAGCUACCCGGGGGCGGCGCCGGUGCCGGUGCCGGACCCGGGGCUGUUGCUGCACGACCAGGUGGGCGCGGCCUUCGGUGCGGCGGCGCUGGUGUGCUGCCUGCUGGCGCUGGCGGUGGGGCCCUCGCUUAAGUGGGCGGGAUGGGCGGUGAGCAGCGUCUUCGCCGCCGCCGCCGUCGCCUACAACGCGGCGGCGAUGGGCGCCUGCGGCGGCGGGCCUGGCGGUCUGGGCCUGGCGGGGGCCAUAGGGCGGCGCGGCGCGUACGAGCGCAAGCGGCGGCUGCAGGCGGAGCUGGCGAAACAGGGCCUGCACCGCACGCUGAGCGAUGAGGACCUGGCCGAUCUGCUGCUCAGCGCCGCGCAGUGUCGCGAGGCCUCACUCACGCGCCUGGCUGCAGCGGCCGCGGCGACACGCGCCGCCUCACACGCCACCCCUGACGCCGGUGGCGGCGGCGGCGGCGGCGGCGGCGGCGGCGGCGGCGGCGGCGGCGGCGGCGGCAGUAGCUACCACUCCGCCAUCAGCACGGGCCACGGCAUGAGUCUAAACCUGGCGACCAGUGGCGCCGCCGAACAAGGCGUGGCGGCGGUGGGCGGCCGCGGCGGCGGGGUGUGGGGCUUUGGCUCUCUCGGCUUCGCCUCGAGCGGUGGCGGCGGCGGGAGCGGCAGCGGCAGCUACAACAGCCUCCUGCCCUUGGGGUCGACCUCAGGGCUCCAGCCCGUUAAUCACUACGCCUCCACCUCGCUCGGCGGCGGCGGCGCCGCCGCCUCCUCCGCCACCGCCGCCGCCUCGUCUGGCGGCGCUCCAGGCACGCCGCCCACGCCCGGCAUGCGGCAGUGGUUCUCCCGGCGGUUCGCCUCGCUGAGGCCGUCGCAGCCGCUGCCGCCGGCACUGGGCACGGAGCUGGUGGAAGCCGCCGCCGCCGCCGGAGCCGACCUAGGAAUACUGGCCAGCUACGGCGGCAGCGCGGGCGCAGCCGCGGCUGUAGCAGCCGCGGCUGCGGCGGCGGCGGCGGCGGCGCCGCCGCCGUACGGGGCUGCUACUGCGAGUGGUGCUGGUGGUGCUGGUGGUUCGGCGCAUGGAAUGGGAGCGGGGUUGGCGGCAUGCUCCUCAGCAGCGGCGGCAGUAGCAGCAGCGGCAGUAGCAGGGGGGUCGGCAAGAGCGGCAGCAGGGCUGCCCGGGGAGGAGGAGGCGUGGCCGGGCUCCGCCGACUCGUCUCGCCGCGGCGUCAUCAGCCGUGGCGGCAGUAGCAGCAGCCGGCCUGCAGUGGCGGCGGCGGCGGCGGCGCCGUGUGGGAGCCAGGAGCUGCAGCAGCUGCUGAGUCAGGGCACACACGGCGCCCCCGACACGGCGGACUGGUGGGCGGCGGCGGCGGCCGCGGCGGAGCAGCAGCUACAGCUGCUACAGCUGCAGCACCUGCAGCAGCAGGACCAGCAGCAGCAGCAGCAGCAGCAGCAGCAGCACCAACAUGAACAUGCGGAGUCGUCCGGCCUGACGGCGGCGGCCGGGCUCUCCCUGCCGUAUAGUCACAUGACUGGGCAGCCACUGCCGCCAGUGCCACUGCCGGGGUCACUGUCCACACCACUCUUUCCGCAUCACCACCAACAAAAGGAACACCAGCACCAAUAUAAACACCAUCAGUCCCACCUGGCACCAAAAGCACAUGACGCACAGGCACACGCGGCGGCGGGCACCGGCGGCGGCAGCGGUAUCGGCGGCGGCAGCGGCGGCGGUGGCGUCGGCUGUGACGGGCCUGCGGCGCCUUCUAGCAGCGCAUUCGCGGCCCUGGAGGCGAUGCGGGUCGCGGACUGGGAAGGCCGUUUUGAGAGCGCCGUGGCGGCGGCGCCGCCGCUGGCGGCGGCUGCCGCCGCCGCCGCCACAGGUGCCAUGCGUGCUGACGCAUUGGCGCCUGCUGGGCCUGCGUUGCCUGCUACAGCUGCGGCCGCCGGUGGUCUUGGCGUUGGCGGCGGAGCUGGCGGCGGCAUCGGAGGCGGCGGCAGUGGCGGCAGCGGUGGCGGUGACGCAUGGGGCGCCGUGCGUGUGACCGCGGCGGCCGGUCCGGUGGCGGAGGCGGUGGAGGGGGACAGCGAGGGCGAGGUCUGGACGCAGGGGCGGGGGGCGGACCAGCGAGAGGCCGAGGGGCAGGCCCGCGGGCGUGGCGGUGGGCUCGGUGACGCCGGGCGGCGGGUGCGGUUGAGAACGCGGCCGGACGGCGGCGACGGCAUCGGCACCGGUGAAGACGGCGGCGGCGCCGCCGCCGCCUUCACUGAUGGCGCGAAUGGUGAUGCCUCGAAUGGUGACGGCGGCGACGGCGUGGGCGCCGCGCCUGGCGGCGCCGCUGGCGGCGGCGGUGGCGGCGCCGCUGGCGGGCUGCUGCGAGGUCUGCUUGGGUACCGCCCGUGGCCUCGCUGGCCGUUGGGUGCGGAGGGCAGGGCGGCGGCGGCGGCAGGGGCGGCGGCUGAGGAGGAGGAGGAGGAGUUGGAGGCGGCCGCACUGCUAGGAGGAGGCCGCAGCCGCCUCGCCGCCAGUGAUGCCCUGCAGCAGCACCACCAGCGCAACCACCACCUCACCACAACAGCAGCUACACACCCGGACGGCGUCCGUCGCGAUGCGUGCGCAGGGCAUGUGAACAGGCAAGAGCAGGAGGCAGCAGCUAGCAGGACAGUCGCCGCCGCCGCCGCCACUGGCUGUAGCAGCACGGCGGAGGGCGCGCAGCACGGCACUCCCCCCAGGUGGCGGCUCCUGCCCACCACGCCCUUUGCCAGCUCGCCUGCAGCUACUGCUGCUGCUGCUGCUACUGCCGCGGCCGCGGUGGAGGCGCCACCGCGCCCCUGGGCCGCCAGCACGGCUGCUGGCGGCGGUGGCGGCGGCGGCUACGGCUGCUACAGCGGCGGUGGCGCCGCCGCCAACCCCUUGCAUGACCUGGAGGCGGAUGAGGACGCCGACGUGACCGCAGUGCUGCUACGACACUGGGACAACCGCGCCGGCGGCGGCGGCGGCGCAAGCGGCGGCGGCGGGCCAAGGCACUCGAUGGCGUCGGCGUCAACCGCAGAUGGUGCCGCCUCGCAUCACUGUCACGACGUGGGGCAGGGGCAGCAGGGGCAGGACCCCAGCGGCCGGUCCGCCGCCUCCGCCGCCUCCGCCGCCUCCGCCGCCUCCGCCGCCACCGCCGCCUCCGCCGCCACCGCCGCCUCCGCCGCCACCGGGUCCAGCUGCGUAGUCACACCGCGGCGGUACGGCCACGUGAUGGCGGCGUCACCCUUCGCCAUCCGCGCGCCGCCGCCGCAGCCGCCGCCGCUGCUGCUCAACGUCAUGACUAAUGACGGCGGCGGCGGCGGGGCAGGGGCGGGUGCCGCGGAGGCGGCUGCGCUGUACGGCGAUGCGUUUGGGGGCUUGGGUGGCGGCGGCGGCGGUGGCGGCGGCGGUUGGUACGGGUCGCGGCACCCGCACCGGAGUCAGCAGCGAGCAGUGACGUCCCUGGCCGUCAUGCUGUUUGGUCCCAGCGAGGUGUCCUUCCUCGGCACCUUCGUGCGGCUGCCGUGGUCGCAGGCGACACUGCUGCUGGGCAUGUUCGUGAUGGUGGAGGCCAUGCAGGUCCACGGCUGGCUGGACUCCCUGACCUACGCCCUGGACUCCAUGGCGGCUGUAGCAGACCCGGCGGCCGGCUUCGUCGGCAGUAGCAACAGUGCCGGCAGUAGCGGCUUCGGCCGCAAUGCCGCAGCUGCUGGCGGCGGCGGCGGCGGCGGCGCGGCGGCGGCUGUAGCUUCCGCCGUCUUCUCAAUGGGCUGGCUGGCGGCGGGGCUGUCGGUUGGCAUGACGGGCCCGUGGGCCGCCCUGCUGCUGACACGUGCCAUGAUGCGGCCCGAAUUCCUGGCGGUUGACACGGCGGCGGUUGGCGGCGCCGCCGCCGUAACCGUAACCGCAACUGCCGUGGCGGCGGUGGCGCGACGCGGCGCCGCGCUGGCGGUGGCGGCGGGCUGCGGCCUGGCGCCGGCGCUGAGUCUGACUGGCAGCCUGACGGCUCUGCGGUGGGGCCUGGGGCUGCCGGGCCUGGGGGUGCGGCUCAGGUGUUGCCGCUACCUGGCGGGUGCGCUGGCGCCGGCGGCGGUGGCGGCGCUGGCGGCGGCGCUGCUGGUGAUGUGGGGGCUGGCGGCGGCGUGAUGGGCGGCGAUUGCGUGCGGGUCAUUUCAAAUUUGAAGUUGUGCCGUGGCGGGAAUGCUGAGUGCCGACUGGCGGGCUGAAUGGAGUGAGGGUCGUGACUGGUGAAUGAGACUGCUUUCGCAGGAGUUUGGAAGGGUUGGGGGGGGGGGGUAAAGGUAGCGUGUGUUCCAGGAAAGCAAGUACGCGCGCGCCUGUGACUAUGUGUGCGCUUUUGCCUGUGCGGUUGCGGUUGCCAUUCAUGAUUCCUUGCUACGUGUUAAAUGCGUGCUGUGUGUUGGACGCGUGAUUCAAGAACGCCCAACAUGCUGUGAAUACGGAAGUUGCUUCAUGUCUCAGUUUCGACAUGAAGAGCCUUGAUUAAGCUUACGGCUGUCUUGCUGUGAUAACGCGUUGCUUUUGCAAUAACAUAUGCUCUGUGUGGGAACUUUGUUACGAGCGUGCGAGCCACGGUCGAUCAGUGCCAGUCCGCUGGCGUGUAACACACGUGCUUG